CCAUUUUUUUGGCCAUGUUUUUAAUCAUUUAAGAAAUGCCAACUACAUACUGCAGAAACAAUCCAACGUGCAGAUACACACUUUCUCCACUAGAGCUAUGUACACGCCUGAGAAGAGGAGAAACUCCUUUUGAUUCGAACUUGAGAAUCGGUUCUCUUAAAAGAGUCGUUCAAGGCGUGACCGAUUCCUCAUUAAUCAACCAUCAUUAGGAAGUUAGCGGUACUGCUCAGACUUCAACUACAAACUGAAUAAUUAAUGUUUAUUUGGUUGUUCUGGCACUCUUCAGUGAUUAUACAUCAUGGGGAGUCAAGGUUACGGGUGUAGCUCUUCUGCAGGCGGAUUUUCAUCCUCGAAAAAUGAAAGAGAAAAAAGAAAGACAAAAACAGCAGGAAUACUACGCGUUCUGCCAUGCAGUGUGUCUCAGCUCCUCUCAGCCAGAGAGCAUAGAGACUCCUUCUUUAUACGAGACGUGGAGCUCAACCAGGUGACUGUGGUGGGUUUGAUUAGAAGAUCCAAACCAAAGCUGACGCAUCUUGUUUACUCUCUGGAUGAUAUGACUGGCCCCCAUCUAGAAGUCAUACAGUGGGUGAAUCUUGAGUGGCAUAAGGAUCCUGCUCUAUUUGGAUUACUAGCCCCUACAUGUCCCAAGCAAGGAGAAGGACAUUCAGGGAUCUUUUGGGACUGUGCAGUGGUGCAGUGGACACACUGUCAAGAAGCUGCAUAUGUCCAGUCAAAUCUGCACUCAGAAGCAGUAGGACAUCUGGGGAAGGAUGUCAAUAUGAAUCAUUGUGUUAUUUCGCCUGGGUCAUAUGUCAAAGUAGUGGGAAGCCUACGCUCCUUUCAGCACCACAGGUCCAUGGUAGCUUUCAACAUUCGCUGUCUGGACGACUUUAAUGAGAUCACUUCGCACAUGUUGGAGGUGAUACAGGCCCAUCUGCAUAGUGAUAGCAGCUCAUAUAGCAGGAUGAACAAUGAGACAUCAACUAUAAUAAACACAUCACAUGCAAGUGACCCAGCCACCAUUGGUUUUACAGCCAAUCAGAGGCAGGUAUUUACUUUGAUUAAGAGCUGUCCUUUGGCCGAGGGCAUCAGUAUGGAGUGCCUGAGGAAGUCGCUCAAAUAUCUCUCCCUCUAUGACAUCAGGACUUGCCUGCAGUUUCUUAUAAACGAAGGGCACAUUUUCUCCACAAUUGAUGACUUCCAUUUCAAGUCUACUAAUUUAUAGUAUUUUAUUUUAUUUUAGUAAUUUAUAAGUAAUUUGGUGGUUUGAAGACAGUCUUUAAAAAUGCCAUCAUAUUUUUUGUAUCGAGUGGACGAUUUAAAUGACAAUUAAAAAAAAAAAAGCCUGUCCUUGUGUAUUUCAGUUAUUUACAUAGUUAGAAAUUGAUUUGUAAAUUAAUAAUCUAGAAUGCAUUUGUUUUUGGUGAUUUGUGUUGUUUUGACUAUAGCUUUUGCAGAUGUUUGAAAUUGUGUUUAAAUAUAUAACUUGCAUAGUAACUUGUGUGGUGUUCUUACUCACAAUUUGUUGUAUUGUGUUCUCUGGAGAGUUGGGAUAAUAAUAAAGAAAGCUUGCAAUUA